AUGAUGCCGAUAUUCGAUGUUUCGUACAUAAUGCAGCAACCAAGUCAACCUACUAUGUCUGAAGUGCCUCUCCCAACAACCGUGGAAGGCCCCUCAGGGAGAUCCAGAGAGGAACAGCCAAGCUCCGCGAGAGACCAUUACUAUCAGCUACAGAGGGAUCCUUCUCGAAAGCCAUGGUAUUAUAAGAAGAAAAUGCUCCCAUUUACAAUAUUAAUGGGAGUAAUUUCGGCGUUCAUCAGCUGCAUAGUUGUGGUAGUAAGGUUGACUCGAAAGUCGGCUUUGAUGAUGAAGACGCGCCCGAAGGAAACGAUAAUGCUAACGGCCAUGGCUACAACUCCUAUAAUUAUGACAAGUGUGUUAAAUGUGACGAAUGGUACUUCUUCGUCAUUAACUACAUCCUCAAGAAAACUAUCAUCUACAACUACAACAGCGACUACAGCGUCUCUCUCUCCAAGUCCGUCCCCUAUUUUGUCGUCAUCGAAUCUCGCUUCAGUCUUUGUGGAUGGCGAAAAUAGCAAAGACAGUCUAGAAAUUCUACUCUGGCAAGAUGGGGCGGGAUCCAUUUCUUACUUGAAUGGGGAGUCUCAUCUCAAAAGUCGACAACGUAUUGAGGAUUUACUUGAAGAUGCACCCAAAGCGAAGAAAGGAACUCCCAUGGCUGCCGUGGCGGACGACGCCAGCAUUGCGCAUGUAUUCUAUCUUGAUGAGGAUAAUGCUGUUUCACAUGUCUUUAUGGAGCCAAGAGGUAGCUGGAGACUUGGGGGCAUGUCCACCAGUAGUAGAAAAAGUAUUGCUGCGCAUGAAAAGUCGAUGCUGUCGGCGGCGUUCCACCGAGGUGAACAUGGCACAAAUGCUGUGGUAUUGUCGUAUCAAGAUCCGGACGGCAACUUGCGGCUUGCAAUGUCAGAAGAUGCCAAAAAUGAUCAUGAUUGGUACUCGGUCGAUUUUGGCUCCUUUACGGGGCGUCACAAGAUUGGAGAUUGGGGAGGCGUUGGUCAUGCCAUUGCGGGUGAUUGGCAGAACAAGAGGCAUGACUCCGACGGGUCAUUCAGUGGACUGUUGAUGGCGGUUGAAGAGAGUCAAGAAAUAACACCUUGGGAAUGUUCGGUGGAUUUUCAUGCGUCCUCAAACAAGGAAGUAGAGUGCCAUUUCUUGGACAAAACUUUCCUCGAUUCUGAUGGCAAAGGUAUAUCGCUAUCCUCACGAUUAAGUCAACUAUCGUGGGUCCGUACUGGCCAUGGCGAAAGCAAAGAUCCGGCGCAGACGCUCCCAUAUGAGUUCGCUUUGCUGUAUAUGAAUCUAGGAGGGAGCAUUCAAGAGAAUCGCGUGGGUAUUGGCCUCCCACGGAUUAUAGGGUCCGGAUUUGGUUCGGACAUGAACUUUGAUGGCUUUGCGACAAAUGAUAACAAGACCGUGUAUGCGAAAUCCGGGAGCGAUAUUGUUGUUUUUGGGUUGGAUGCCGAUGGAUGGCAGUGGAAGGUCGAUGGAAUUGUCAACACAGCUAUUUCUAAGACUGGUUCACAUUAG